AGUGACUGCCUGAAAAAGGAAAGGGAUACAAGUCAGAGAAAGGACAAAGGUGGACGCUGCCUCCAAAUCUCUAAGUAGUGACCUCAUCCUACCACUCUACCUGUUUGCUCUUUUUUUUCUGGGACCAUUGAGCAGUGAGCUUCAGGAUCCUUGCCUAGGCUAGGGACUGUGAAAGCCUCCACCUCCAAGAAGACCCUGUCUGGAAAAUUGAGCCUCCAUUUGGUGACAGCUAUAGACCUGUGGAUAUAGGACAAACACCUACCAGCGCUUCUGCUGGAAGCCACCUCCUAGUCUUGGAGGUGUUCGAGAUCCAUGGAAGUCCCUGUGUCCAAGGAAUUGUGCCUGAACAACCCAGCAUCAGGAUCCUCAAUCACCACCUCUUUGUUCCUUCUGGAUCCCCAGAAGCUCUGGGAAGAAAAUAUACCACCCUCUGCUGGCAUUGCCCCGGGCACACACAAAGUGUUCCUCCUAGCAGCAGGGUCAGGCCAUGGCCGGCCCUACAAUCAACAGGGACAUGGAGAAGAGUCCAGGAUACUGUGAGGUCCCAGAGAAGCUGAGCUUAUCCUUUUCCAUUGAGGCGAUCCUGAAGAGACCCACAGAAAGAAGAAAUUUGCCCAGACCACAAUGCAUUGAUGGAGAGGACUCUGGGCAGACAACUACCCCAGGUUCCAAGCUGAAGAGGUCCCCACAGGAUCAGCCUCAAGAAGAAAGAAAGAACAAGCGGAGAGUUCGCACUACCUUCACCACAGAGCAGCUACAGGAGCUGGAGAAGCUCUUCCACUUUACCCACUACCCUGACAUUCAUGUCCGCUCCCAGCUGGCUUCCAGGAUUAACCUUCCUGAAGCUCGAGUACAGAUCUGGUUCCAGAAUCAGAGAGCCAAGUGGAGAAAGCAAGAGAAGAGUGGGAACCUCAGCGCCCCACAGCAGUCUGGUGAGGCCAGCUUGGCCCUGUCCUCAAACAUGGACAUGUCUGGUCCUGUGCUGACACCUACUGCUCUGCCCACAUCAGUGCCUCCCACAGAAUGCUACCCACUCUCUCAGACUCAGCUCACUUCAAGCUGGUUCCCUGCCCAGAUUCCCCUUGUCCCAUGGCACCUAUGGGACCUACAGCCCCUUCCUGGCCCUCUCACCCAGCAGCCUUGUGUCCCUACCUUCAUCCUCCCACCCCCAAACCCCAGGUGGAGCAGCAUCUGUGCAACUUCAACAUAGGCACUGGUUUCUCUCUUCCCAAGCAAGCCAUUCUCCUCUCUCAGUGAUGGCAGGCAGCCCUGGACCUCAGAGGAAAUCACUUCACAAUCCAUCAAUGGCCCACAGCCCAGGAAGCUACCCAGAGCUUGCCAUUAAAGACUUUACUGGCCAUGGAUGACAGCAAAGAACCACACGCAUCUCACCAGCCAGUCAUUCUAGUGCAGAGGCUUGGCUGGCUAAGAGCUGGGGAUGAAGUCCAGAAUAAGCUGCUCUCCCCUUACCCCUCUGGACCUUACCUGUAACCAAGCAGCCAUUUCUGUGGACCCCUUCCUCCCUUACUUAGGAGAGCCUUGGGAAACACAAGGCAUGGGUAAGGGCUGCACAUCCAUGCACCCAUCCGUGUACUUGUUCACGAUGUCCGUACUGAACACUUGGCAUUGUGCACUUGAAAAAUAGAUGUUGAGCUGCUCAGGUCAGAUUCUGCCCAGGUUAGCUGAAAGGUGAUCCUGGCCUCUGUCUGCAAAUGGAUGUUGGUGACAUCUCACUCAGCUAGUGUCUAGUACACUCAUGACUUUGAUAUAAAAAAUCUCAGACGGGGAGAAAAAUAGAAGAAAUGUUUUUAAUUUAAA